AUAAAAUUACAUCAAACCGUAACCACUGCUUCAUUGCUCUCAUCAGAUUCACACCAAACAAACCAACCCAUCAUUCAAAAAUGGUCACAGUCAUGGAAUCACUUCCCAAAGGCUACGGCUUUGUAGCCAUUGUUCUUGUUCUCUACUGCUUCCUCAAUUUCUUCAUGAGCUUUCAAGUGGGCAAGGCUCGCAAGAAGUAUAAGGUGUUUUAUCCCACCCUUUAUGCUUUGGAGUCUGAAAACAAAGAUGCCAAGCUCUUUAACUGUGUUCAGAGAGGGCACCAGAACUCUUUGGAAAUGGCACCCAUCUUCUUCAUGCUAAUGAUUCUAGGAGGGUUGAAGCACCCUUCCACUUGUGCUGCCCUUGGACUACUUUAUACCGUUUCUAGAUAUUUCUACUUCACAGGCUAUUCCACUGGCCAACCCGAGAACCGUCUCAAGAUUGGGAAAUAUAACUUUGUGGCGAUAUUGGGGCUUAUGCUGUGCACACUUUCAUUUGGAUGGACUCUCCUCAAUCAGCCUGCUAGCCACUGAUUUGGUUGUUGCUUUAACCUUUCUUUUUGUCAGACCCUUUUGACAAUUUGGUGUUUGGUGAAUUAUUAAAUAAAAUAGCCAAAGACUAGGAAAUGUAGUUUCAAAAUGUGUUCUCAGUUCUCACUGUUCGAUUUUCUGGAAUCUGGAUAGACUUUUUAUAUUACAAUAAGGACAAGUUUUGAGUUUCAAAGAGGGCUUUGGAUAUGGAUCCCAAUAAUUUGCCAUGCUGACGCAGCUUAAGUUACAUUCAAUUAAAUCAAUUUCAUUCAGUGUUCCAUUUUA